AUGGGUGCUGUGAAGAACUUGCUGUGGUUAUUCCUCUUAAACAUAGCCCUCCUGGAUGCCACCACAGACUCUAGAAGCAGCUUCACGACGUCUCCUCCUUCAGGUGCUACAAGCAACUCUGCAAUCUAUGCUCCUUCAGGUGCCUCCCUCACCCUGGUGAACGGCAGAAACCGGUGUGAGGGGCGUGUGGAGAUUUCAUACAAUGGGGGCCAGGGCACAGUGUGUGAUGACAGCUGGGACCUGAGUGAUGCCCAGGUGGUGUGCAGGCAGCUGGGAUGCGGCGAUGCUCUUUCUGCUCCAGCAAAUGCCUACUUUGGACAAGGCACUGGCAAUAUCUACCUGGAUGAUGUGAGCUGCAGAGGGAAUGAAUCCUCCCUCUUCCAGUGCAGCCACAGAGGCUGGGGCACCCACAACUGUGGCCACAGUGAAGAUGCUUCUGUUGUGUGCUCAGGUAAUGUUACUUUUCCUCUUUUUCUUCCUAAAUACUGGGAAACCUCACUUUCUUCUUUCUCUCCCUCCCCUACAGAUGCAAGCCUGAGCCUGGUGAACGGCAGCAACCAGUGUGAGGGGCGCGUGGAGAUUUCACAAGAUGGGGAAAGGGGCACAGUGUGUGACGACAGCUGGGACCUGAGUGAUGCCCAGGUGGUGUGCAGGCAGCUGGGCUGUGGUGUUGCUGUUUCUGCCCCAGGAAAUGCCUACUUUGGACAAGGCACUGGCAAUAUCUACCUGGAUGAUGUGAGCUGCAGAGGGAAUGAAACCUCCCUCUUACACUGCAGACACAGUGGCUGGGGCGUCCACAACUGUCGACACAGUGAGGAUGCUUCUGUUGUGUGCUCAGGUAACAUUACUUUUCCUCUUUUUCUUCCUAAAUACUGGGAGGCUUUCAUUGAAUGUCCCUUGUUGACCAUAAUUAGCCUGGUGAAUGGCAGAAAUCGGUGUGAGGGACGUGUGGAGAUUUCACGUUAUGGGGAAAGGGGCACGGUGUGUGAUGACAGCUGGGACCUGAGUGAUGCCCAGGUGGUGUGCAGGCAGCUGGGCUGUGGUGUUGCUGUUUCUGCCCCAGGAAAUGCCUACUUUGGACAAGGCACUGGCAAUAUCUACCUGGAUGAUGUGAGCUGCAGAGGGAAUGAAUCCUCCCUCUUCCAGUGCAGCCACAGAGGCUGGGGCGUCCACAACUGUGGCCACAGUGAAGAUGCUUCUGUUGUGUGCUCAGGUAAUAUUACUUUUCCUUCCUAAAUACUGACAGGUCUUCCAAAAGGUUUUGCUUCAUGUUCCCUCCCUCCUUCUUUCCAAGGUCCCUUCCUGAGCCUGGUGAACGGCAGCAACCAGUGUGAGGGGCGCGUGGAGAUUUCACAAGAUGGGGAAAGGGGCACAGUGUGUGACGACAGCUGGGACCUGAGUGAUGCCCAGGUGGUGUGCAGGCAGCUGGGCUGUGGCGAUGCUGUUUCUGCCCCAGGAAAUGCCUACUUUGGACAAGGCACUGGCAAUAUCUACCUGGAUGAUGUGAGCUGCAGAGGGAAUGAGCCCUCCCUCUUACACUGCAAACAUAGUGGCUGGGGCGUCCACAACUGUCGCCACAGUGAGGAUGCUUCUGUUGUGUGCUCAGGUACCACCCUGAGCCUGGUGAAUGGCAGAAAUCAGUGUGAGGGGCGUGUGGAGAUUUCACGUUAUGGGGAAAGGGGCACGGUGUGUGAUGACAGCUGGGACCUGAGUGAUGCCCAGGUGGUGUGCAGGCAGCUGGGCUGUGGUGUUGCUGUUUCUGCCCCAGGAAAUGCCUACUUUGGACAAGGCACUGGCAAUAUCUACCUGGAUGAUGUGAGCUGCAGAGGGAAUGAAUCCUCCCUCUUCCAGUGCAGCCACAGAGGCUGGGGUGUCCACAACUGUGGCCACAGUGAAGAUGCUUCUGUUGUGUGCUCAGGUGCCUCCCUCACCCUGGUGAAUGGCAGCAACCGCUGUGAGGGACGUGUGGAGAUUUCAUACAAUGGGGGCCAGGGCACGGUGUGUGACGACAGCUGGGACCUGAGUGAUGCCCAGGUGGUGUGCAGGCAGCUGGGCUGUGGUGUUGCUGUUUCUGCUCCAGGAAAUGCCUACUUUGGACAAGGCACUGGCAAUAUCUACCUGGAUGAUGUGAGCUGCAGGGGGAAUGAAUCCUCCCUCUUCCAGUGCAGCCACAGAGGCUGGGGCAUCCACAACUGUGGCCACAGUGAAGAUGCUUCUGUUGUGUGCUCAGGUCCCUUCCUGAGCCUGGUGAACGGCAGCAACCAGUGUGAGGGACGCGUGGAGAUUUCACAGUACGGGGAAAGGGGCACGGUGUGUGAUGACAGCUGGGACCUGAGUGAUGCUCAGGUGGUGUGCAGGCAGCUGGGCUGUGGCGAUGCUGUUUCUGCCCCAGGAAAUGCCUACUUUGGACAAGGCACUGGCAAUAUCUACCUGGAUGAUGUGAGCUGCAGAGGGAAUGAGCCCUCCCUCUUACAAUGCAAACACAGUGGCUGGGGCGUCCACAACUGUCGCCACAGUGAAGAUGCUUCUGUUGUGUGCUCAGGUGCCAUAAACGUGACCACUAAUUCCACUCCACCAGUAACUACUCCAGGUGUGUUUGCUCUUGCCAUCUCUCUGAUACAUUACUUUGUUUUAUUGCUCAAGUUGCAAGGUGGGUGCCAGAAUGACUACAUCGAGAUCUACGAUGGGCCACCUAAUACUUCUCCUCUGCUUGGAAGAAUUUGCUCUGCUUCUAAUCUCACGUACACAUCUUCCUCGAACUUCCUGACUGGCGACAACGAAACCAUCACCUACUCCAAUGUGAUAAAAGUGGCUGCUUCUGGCUCCAUCAUCAAGAGACAAAAGGACCUUAACUUGCACAUCAACUGCAAAAUGCUCCAGGACACCUGGGUGAAAGUAAUGUACAUUGCUGAUGACAUUUUUAAUGUCAGAGAAACCCAGUGUGCUGAGGAUUCUACCUACUCUUCUUACUACUCUGCACACAGUAGUGUUGCUCGGUUUGGAUUUAACGCCUUUUCAUUUGUUAACCGAUACCCGUCAGUUUACCUGGAGUGUGAGCUGGUGGUGUGCAGGUCCUAUGACUACUCUUCCCGCUGCUAUCAAGGCUGUCUUAGCAGGUUCAAGAGGAAUGUAGGUUCCUCCUAUCAAAACAUGAACGUCAUUAUUGGGCCUGUCAAGCUGCAGGAAGCUCACGCUGAGAACAGGAAUGGCCAGCUGGGCUCUGACACCCAGGCGAAAGGCGAGUCUCAGAGCACAGAACCCGCUGCCAGCUCCCACAUUCCUCUGGUUGUGACCACUGUGGUGCUGGUGGUUGCUCUUCUCACGGUGGGAGGACUUCUUUUGAAGCGUAAACUGCAGGAACCCAGCCCGUACCAGAUCAUAGUUGAUGAGAUGGGUACCACUACGAUUUUGACAUGGCUACUCUUGUUAGGUCCAGCAGUUCUGGAGGCCAAAACAGCUGUCCAUCUCCAGCUGGUGAACGGAAGGCACAGAUGUGAAGGUCGAGUGGAGCUCUACUACAAAGGACAGCCAGGGACAGUGUGUGAUGAUUUCUGGGACAUUUCUGAUGCCCAGGUUGUGUGCAGACAGCUGCAAUGUGGCCAUGCCAUUGCAGCUCUAGGAAGUGCUUACUUUGGGCGAGGCUCAGGCAACAUCCUGCUGGACAAUGUGCAGUGCAGAGGAAAUGAGCUCUCCUUGUCGCGUUGUAAUCACUCUGGAUGGAGGAUACACAACUGUGGCCACCAUGAAGAUGCCGGUGUUGUCUGUUCAGCUCCAGUGCCUACGACAGAUUGGCCGUAUUCAACAGGUGAGACCACUGCUUCACUGACGACCUCUUCAUUGCUAACCUCAGCGCUGGAGGAAUCUUCCAUAGUGGAGACAACUUCCAUAGAGGAGUCAACCACACAACCAAGGACCUCUCCAGCAGUUACGACCACUGGAGCACCAAUAGCCUCCACAUUGGAGCCAACCACGUGGGAGACAACUUCAACACCAGUGACUUCUCUAGCAGAUCUGCUCAGAACAGCACCAAGAUACUCCCUAGACGAGACAUCCUUCCCAAUGCACAUGACUACCACAAUGCCAACAGCCUCCACGGAGGAAGACACCACAGUGGAAACAACCUCCAUAGUGACAGAGAGGGAAACCACAAUGGACAUCACCACCACAACACUGGAGACCACAACAGCGAGGAGCACACAAGCUGCAGAGCCCAGCACAGCCUGGAUAUCUUCAACAGGCGCCCGCCUGCGGCUCUCCGGCGGCAGGAACGGCUGCGAGGGCCGCGUGGAGCUGUGGGACGGCAGCAGCUGGGGGACGGUGUGUGACGACGGCUGGGACCUGAGCGAUGCCCAGGUGGUGUGCAGGCAGCUGGGCUGCGGGCAGCCCGUGGCCGCCCCGGGCAACGCGCGCUUCGGCCUGGGCUCCGGACACAUCUUCCUGGACGACGUGCAGUGCCGCGGGGACGAGCCCUCCCUGUCGCUGUGCUGGCACAACGGCUGGGGCGUGCACAACUGCAGGCACAUAGAGGAUGCCAGUGUCAUCUGUGCAGAUGCAUCUACAGCCCGUCCUACUGAAUGGCCAUACUCAACAGCUGCAGAGCCCAGCACAGCCUGGAUAUCUUCAACAGGCGCCCGCCUGCGGCUCUCCGGUAGCAGGAACGGCUGCGAGGGCCGCGUGGAGCUGUGGGACGGCAGCAGCUGGGGGACGGUGUGUGACGACGGCUGGGACCUGAGCGAUGCCCAGGUGGUGUGCAGGCAGCUGGGCUGCGGGCAGCCCGUGGCCGCCCCGGGCAACGCGCGCUUCGGCCUGGGCUCCGGACACAUCUUCCUGGACGACGUGCAGUGCCGCGGGGACGAGCCCUCCCUGUCGCUGUGCUGGCACAACGGCUGGGGCGUGCACAACUGCAGGCACAUAGAGGAUGCCAGUGUCAUCUGUGCAGCUCCUCUGCCCAUCCCAAGACCUUCAGCUGUUUCUUCAGCACCUUAUGUUUGUGGUGGCUCAAUCUCAAAUUCCUCUGGGGUGCUGCAGAGCCCCUUUUACCCUGGAAGUUAUCCAAACAACGCUGACUGCAUGUGGGAAAUACAAGUGGAGAACAAUUUCCGUGUUAUGCUCACAUUUAGAGACAUUGUGAUGCAAAGCAGCAGAUGCCAGUAUGACUACGUUGAAGUCUAUGACGGGCCUCCACACUCUUCCCUGCUUCUUGGGAGGCUUUGCUCUGGUUCCUUUCCCACAUACUUAUCCUCUUCAAACAUGAUGACCAUUCGCUUUCACAGUGAUUCUAGAGACACCUUCAGAGGGUUUCAGGCUCAUUACUCCUCCGUUCCAGCAGAUCACAAUAUUACCCUUCUGUGCUUGCCCGACUACAUGCACGCAGUGGUUAGCAGAGACUAUCUCCAGUCCCAGGGCUACUCAGCGCAGAUGGUGGCCCUGAAAAACAGCCACUGCAGACCGACAGUCACCUCACAGGAGGUUGUGUUCAACAUUCCCUACAACAGCUGUGGGACAGUACGAGAGGAGAACAAUGAUACGAUCAACUAUUCCAACAUGAUCAAACUUACGUCUUCGGAGCACGUGAUCAAGAGGAAAAAGGAUAUUCACUUACACAUCAGUUGCCAGAUGCUACAGAACACAUGGAUGCAAGUAAUGUACAUUGCUGAGGACACUGUAGAUGUGAGUCAACACCAGUUUGGAAGAUAUGACAUCAAUAUCACCUUUUAUGAUUCCCCAUCUUUCCUGCGGCAAGUGCACGACUCUCCCUACUACGUUGACUUGAACCAGAAUCUGUACCUUCAAGCUUACCUUCACAGCUCUGACCCCAACCUGGUGCUGUUUGUAGACACGUGUGUGGCAUCACCUGAUCCUCAUGAUUUUAACACUCUGGCCUACGAUUUAAUCAGGAAUGGAUGCGUCAGAGAUUCUUCCUAUGCCACGUAUAACUCGCCCUACAGCCACUUUGCUCGGUUCAAAUUCAAUGCCUUUGAGUUCCUGAGCCGCCAGGCGUCCGUGUACCUGCAGUGUGAGCUGGCUGUCUGCAGGCUCGGGGACUCUUCCUCCCGCUGCUACCGGGGCUGCAUCAGCAGGGCCAAGAGAGACACAAGUUCUGCUGAGGAAAAAGUGAACGUGGUUGUUGGACCGCUCAUGCUGCGAGAAGGGAGUGCUCAGAGUAGGAAUACCGGGCUGGAUUCUUCUGUGCCUGCUCCCCAGGCAGCUCCCACCACUGCUGACAAUCCCCUUGCACCCGUCGUUGCUGCUGUCGCCCUCGUGGCAGUGGUCGUUUUUGUCCUUGCUGGUUUUCUUGUGGGACCUGUGCUGAAAACACCGCUUUCCCAUGGGGUAAUGUGACACCAUAGGUCAGCAUCAUCCACUACCUGGCUACAGGGCAAAUGUCACAUCUUAUGAGCCACCAAAAUGCUUCAUUGAUGACACGUACGUGCCAUUUGUUAGAACUGUGAAGUCUUUAUCUACAAUGAAUCCUAGGCUGUCACAGUGCUGUAGGAUAACUUUGUAAUCAUCACAACCCUGACAUGAUUAAGGAAUAAUUUCAAUAUUCAAGUCAUGAACUAUUUGGUACAACCAUUUCAGCAUUUUGUCUCUUCUCUCUUCUCUCUUCUCUUCUCUUCUCUUCUCUUCUCUUCUCUUCUCUUCUCUUCUCUUCUCCCCUCCCCUCCCCUCC